AUGGCAUUAGCUGAUGCAGAUUACUGUUUUUUAGCUGUGGACAUUGGAAGCGAUGGAUCCAAUAGUGAUGGGGAUAUUUUUGCUAACUCUUUGCUUGGUCAAGGACUGGCAACAAACCAACUCAAUUUGGCUCCACCUGUUCGCUUGCCGGAGGGUUCUUUGUUGGGGUCAAUGCCUUAUGUUGUUGUGGGUGAUGAAGCUUGCCCGCUUAAAACAUAUUUGUUGCGUCCAUAUCCAGGAAAAGCCCUAUCCAUUGACAAGCGGGUUUUUAACUACCGACUAUCCAGGGCACGCAGAAUUUCUGAAAAUGCCUUUGGAAUUCCGGCUCAGAGAUGGCGAAUAUUUCAAAGGCGUAUCAAUUUACAUCCCUCCAAAUGUGAAAAGCUGGUUAAAGCAUGCUGUAUUUUACAUUAUUACUUGCAAAAACUGCAUUGUAAUGAUUUGGUUACCAAUAAUGAUGAAGGAGAGACGGAUCAGCAUGAAGUUCAUGGAUUGCAACAUAUUCCAAAUAUGGGAUGCAGAGCCUCAAUGCAAGCAUAUGCUUGUAGGGAUAAAUUCAAGGCAUACUUUUGUAUGGGUGAUGGAGAGGUUCCAUGGCAGUAUACAACAGUCCAAAGAG